GGUCCAGGCCUGAGGCUUCAGUGAGGGGAGCAACAGGCUGGCUGGUGACAAGGGGCAAAGACCUUAGACAGAGAGAGGGGGAAAAUAUUCAAAAUACCAACAACGACAACAUGAAACAGUGAAGGAGAGCAGCUGAGGACAGACAGGAAGUGAACGUGAGAUAAAGGGAGUCGUAGGAAGAUUAAGAAAAGAGAGAGAGGCUGAGAUUUAAGCUGUGCUGCUGCAGGUGGAGGUCUGUCACCUUUGAACCGCUGGAAGAGGCACGCUGAGGCUGAGAAUUAAGACUCUGACAGAGACCAAGAGGACAGUCAUGUUUUCAGCCAGACCAGAGACCCAGCCGUAAAAGACAAGAGGCGGUCGCCCCCCUCUGACAGGUCCCCCUCCGGCCCACAACGCAACCCUCACCACAGCGGCUCCACAGACGAACAGGAGAGCCCUGAGAGAGUGGUGCAGAAGGAGAAGCUCCAUGCAGAGCUGAAGCAGGUGUUGAGUCAGAAGAGAAGUCAUCUGAGAGAGUCAACCUGCCAACUCGCCCAACCAGAGAUGGACUCGGAGCCCACAGACGAACAGACGAGUGGGGAGGAAGCCUCUAAGACGGUGGAAAUCGUGGUGGAGACGGAGGCGGAGGCUGGAGCCAGCGGCUACAGUGUGACUGGUGGAGGACAGCGAGGGAUCUUUGUUAAAGAUGUACUCAAAGACUCACCAGCUGCUAAACAUCUCAGUCUACAGGAAGGUGAUCAACUGCUGAGUGCCAAGGUCUACUUCGACAAUGUGAAGUAUGAAGACGCUCUGAAGAUCCUUCAGUGUGCGGAGCCAUAUAAGGUCAGCUUCCUGCUGAAGAGGACCAUCCCUGGAGCAGAGGUCAGCGUGCGGCCUCGAGUUCCCAGUGUGGAGGUCAAAGGUCCCAAAGCCAAGAUGGCCAAAAUGAGUGUGAAGGGCACCAAGACAUUCAAGGUCAAGAAGAAGAGAGGAGGUCGUUUUGGUCUAAAGCGGCUUAAAGAGAAGCGCAGAGAAGAGCUGGUGAUAGAGGGAACACCCCCCAGGCUAGAGAUGAGUGACGUAGACGUGGAGUUUUCUCUCCCCAAAUUCAAACAGAGGAGGAGCACGAAGGUCGACGCAGGAGGAGCCGGAGGAGCAGCAGCCGAGGGGAAGGCAAAGAGGAGGAUCAGGUUUCCCCACAUGAAAACAAAGGGCGGAGCAGAGACAGGGGGAAAAGUGGAAACAGGACGACUCGAGGGACAGGUGAAUAUCUCUCCACCUGAGAUACCUGGAGCUAAAGUGAAAACCAAAGGAAAAGGACACAAGUUUGGAAUCACCUUUCCUAAGAGCAAACACACAAAGUCAGGCGCAGCUUUGGAAGGUGGAUCCGUGGAGCUAAAGCCCCCGGGUGUGAACAUCCAGCCACCAUCAGCGGAGUUCAGUUUGUCUGAUAAAGAUAUGGAUGUGGAAAAGGGAGGGGUUAAGAUUAAUGCGCCUGAUGUGGAGUUUGCACUCCCUUCAGUAAAAGCUGAGGCCUCUUUGCCUGCUGUAAAGGGAAAAACAGAAAUCAAAGCUCCUAAAAUUGACAUCAAAGGAGGAGUUGGUGCAGAUGCAGCUGUGGGAAAAGUUGAUGUAGACAUGGGCAAAGGAGAUGCAAAGCUAAGAAUGCCAAAGUUGAAACUGCCCAAAGUUAGACUCUCACGUCAUUCGGAUGAGAUAGAUGGUGACAUCAACGUAAAAGCCAAAGGGAUGAAAGUGCCUCACACUGACAUAGUACCUCCAAAAGUAAGAAUCAAAGGAGGUGGUGAGAUUAAUCUCCCCGAAGCAAAGAUCGAAGGUGAUCUCUCAGCCAAAGCUGCAUCGAUUGAAAUGCCUUCUGUUGAUAUUUCUUUACCAAAAGUGAAAGGGAAGUCUGACAUCGACAUCUCACUCCCAGAGUACGAAGGAGCUGGGAAGGCAUCUAUCAAAAUGCCUGCCAUUGAUAUCUCUGUGCCUCAUAUUGAUUUGGAAUUGGACACCAGACGUAGAAUUCCUGAUGAGGUGGAGGGUACUUUUAAAGGGCCCAAAAUCUCCAUGCCAAAGGUUGAUAUGUCGUUACCAAAGAUGGAAUCAUCCAAUGUAGAUAUUGAAGGUCCAGAAGGUGGAGGGAAAUUCAGCCUACCCUCUGUGGACAUCUCUCUCCCAAAGGUGAAACCUGUGGGUGAAGAUGUGGAUAUGGACUAUUAUGUUGGUGGAGAAGGGAAGUUCAAAAUGCCUAAUUUUGACAUAUCUUUCCCAAAAAUUAAGUCACCAGAAGGAGAAGUAAAUCUAACAGGACAAGAGGUGGAAGGGGGCUUCAAGUUACCCAAAGUAGACUUGACCCUUCCUAAAGGUAAAGCCGGAAUGACUGAUAUUGAAGAAGGUGGAAAAUUUCAGUUACCAUCAUUUGACAUCUCCCUCCCUAAAAUGAAGACAGGUGAGGUGGAAGUCGAUAUCCAAGGCCCUGAAGUGAAAGGUGGUAAAUUUGAAAUGCCUGCACUUGACAUUUCUCUGCCCAAAGGCCAAAUGGAAGGAGACAUUGAUGUAGAAGGGCAUGCUGGGAAGGGAGGAAAAUUCAAAAUGCCUACCUUUGAUGUUUCUCCACCAAAGUUGAAACAACCAGAGGGUCACGGUGGAGCUAACAUCCAGAUGCCCUCUCUUGAUGUAUCACUGCCAAAAGGAAAGAUGGCGGGUGACAUUGAAAUAGAGGGUCCAUCUGCAAAAGGAGGGAAGUUCAAAAUGCCCUCACUUGAUGUCAAACUCCCAAAGAUGGGGGCAUCUGGGGCUGAGGUUGACUUAGAAGGACCUGAGAUUAAAGGAGGGAAAAUUGAAGUGCCAUCGGUAGACAUUUCUCUACCAAAAGGUAAAUCCAAGGGUGAGGUUGAGAUUGAUGGAAAAGGAGGCAGGUUUAAGAUGCCUUCAUAUAAUAUAUCUCUUCCAAAAAUGAGGUCCCCUGAGGGAGAGGUUGUUUUGGAAGGACCUGAAAUCAAAGGUGGAAAGAUCAAGAUACCUACUGUCGAUAUCUCUGUUCCCCAAGGAAACGUAGAGGGAGAUUUGAACAUGCCCUCUGUAGACAUUUCUCUCCCAAAAAUGAAGCUACCUGAAGGAGAUGUGAAGCUAGAAUGUCCUGAACUUUCAAAUGUUGACAUUUCUCUUCCCAAGGCAAAUGUGGAGGGCAACUUGGAGCUCGAGGGCAGUGGUGGUAGCAGAGCCAAGUUCAAGAUGCCAACUUUUGACAUCUCACUCCCAAAGAUAAAAACCAAGGAGGGAAAGGUUGAUAUUGAAGGACCUGAAGUCAAAGGAGGAGCAAAGUUCAACAUGCCAUCACUCGACAUCUCUCUUCCUGCUAUGAAAUCACCAGAGGGGGAGGUAAAGAUCGAAGGUCCUGAAGCCAAAGGAGGAAAGUUCCAGAUGCCUUCAUUAGAUGUGUCAAUACCAAAGAUCAAAUCACAGGGAGGUGACAUCGACAUUGAAGGUCCUGAGUUCAAGGUUAAUACACCAGAGGCAGAUUUAGACCUAAAAGGGAAAAAAAUAAAAGGAGGGAAAAUAAACAUGCCUACAGUUGAUAUCUCUCUUCCAAAAGGAAAAGCAGAGGGUAAAAUAGAUAUUGAAGGACCCACAGGAAAAGGAGGCAAGUUUAAGAUGCCUACAUUUGAUGCAUCGCUACCAAAGAUGAAGAUGCCUGAGGGAAACAUUGGCCUCGAGGGACCCUCAGUAGAUAUCUCUCUUCCAAAGGGGAAAGUAGAGGGUGACAUACAAACUAAAGGUAAAGGAGGACAUUUUCAUAUGCCCUCAAUUGAUGUGUCUCUCCCUAAAAUAAAAUCAAAGCGAGGUGACAUCAACAUCGAGGGACCGGAAAUCAAAGGUGGGGACGUUAAAAUGCCAACUAUUGACAUCUCACCCCCUCAAGGAACAUUAGAAGGCGAUAUUGAAGGUGAAGGAAAAGGAGGCAAAUUCAGCCUGCCGUCUGUAGACGUUGCCCUCCCAGCUGUAAAAUUCCCUGAGGGAGAUGUGAAUUUCCAAGGGCCGAAAGUUAAGGGUGGGAAGUUUGAAAUGCCGAAAAUUGAUCUCUCACUUCCUAAAGGAAAAGGGAGACAGGGAGACAUUGAUAUUGACAUUCACUCUGGAGGAGAUUGGGAUAUUGAAGUACCAUCCUGUGAUAUUAGACUUCCUAAAGGAAAAGUCAAAGGUGACAUAAAUGUUAAAGGUCCAAAGGGGGGGAAAGGUAAAUUCAAAAUGCCAAAAUUUGAUAUUUCACUUCCAAAAGGCAAUGCCAAAGUGGAAGGACCAGAGAUUAAAGGAAAGAUGAAAAUGCCGACUGCUGAUAUUUCACUUCCAAAAGGAAAGAUAGUGGGAGACGUUGACAUUGAAGGACAUGGGGGUAAAGGAGGCAAGUUUCACAUGCCAUCACUUGAUGUUCCAGCUCCUAAAAUAAAAUCUCCUGAGGUAGAUGUCAGCCUCAAGGGUCCAGAUGUUAAAGGGGGACAUUUCAACAUGCCAGCUGUUGACCUUUCAUUACCAUCAGCAAAAGUUAAUUUGCCAGAGGGUGAUGUAAAAUUAACAGGUCCAGACAUCAAGGGCAGGAAGAUUGAGAUGCCGGACAUUGAUAUUUCACUCCCCAAAGGAAAAGCAGGAGGAGAAAUUGAAUUCGAAGGGCAUGGUGGUAAAGGAGGAAAGUUCCAUAUGCCAUCGUUUGAUAUCUCUCUUCCUAAAAUGAAAGCUAAGGGGCCAGAGAUUAACAUAGAAGGUCCUGAACUUAAGGGAGGAAACAUCAACAUGCCAGACAUUGACCUUUCACUUCCCAAAGGAAAAGCUGACACUGACCUCAGUAUUGAGGGUCCUGAGGUAAAAGGAGGGAAAUUCAAAAUGCCCAAAGUUGAUGUUUCACUUCCAAAGAUGAACCUGCCAGAGGGCAAUGUGAAAUUACCAACAGCUGAUAUUUCCCUCCCAAAAGGAAAGGUAAAGGGAGAUGUUGACAUUGAGGGACAUGUGGGUAAAGGAGGAAAGUUUCAUAUUCCUUCGGUUAAUAUCUCUCUUCCUAAAAUCAAAUCAAAGGGAGUUGAUGUUGAUAUUGAAGGACCUGAAGUCAAAGGUGACAUGUCACUCCCUAAAAUUACGUCUCCAGAUGUAGAUUUCAGCCUUGAGGGUCCAGAUGUGAAAGGAGGAAAGUUUAACUUGCCAACUGCUGACAUUUCACUCCCCAAAGGAAAAGCUGAAGGUGACCUUGAUUUUGAAGGCCCUGAGGUAAAGGGGGGUAAAUUUAAAAUGCCAAAAUUUGAUGUCUCAUUGCCAAAAGUUAAUCUCCCAGAGGGCGAUGUCAAAAUAAAAGCCCCAGACUUUAAGGGAGGAAAGAUUGAAAUGCCAGACAUUGAUAUUUCUCUUCCCAAAGGAAAAGCAGGAGGAGAAAGAAAAGUUGAAGGCCCAGAUGUUGAAAUAGAGGGAGGUUCUGGAGGAAAAUUCAAAAUGCCUCACAUGAAAAUGCCGAACAUCGAUAUCUCUCCUCCUAAAGCAAAAGUCGAAGGCACUGAAGUAGAAGUGGAGGGAAAGGGACGAGGAAAAUUCAAAAUGCCUCACAUGAAAAUGCCAGAUUUUGACAUCUCUCUGCCCAAAGGAAAGAUUGAAGGUCCAGAAGUUGAAAUGGAGGGAUACAUGAAAAUGCCUUCAGUUGAUAUUUCAAUGCCAAAAGGACAGGUUGAAGUUCCAGACACUGAAGUAGAGGGAAGUACCGGAGGGAAGUUCAAAAUGCCUCACAUGAAAAUGCCAGAUUUUGACAUCUCUCUCCCCAAAGGAAAGAUUGAAGGUCCAGAUGUGGACCUAAAGGGAAGGUGGAAAUUCAAAAUGCCUCAUAUGAAAAUGCCAAAUAUUGACAUCUCUCUGCCCAAAGGAAAAUCUGGCAAAAUUGAAGGAGCAGAGCUGGAGAUUGAAGGAGAUGAGGGACAGUUCAAGAUGCCUAAUGUGGACAUAUCUAUUCCUAAAGGAAAAACAAAUAUUGACACACCAGAGAUGAAAGUGGAUGCAGAGGGAGGAACCAUCAAGCUGCCACAUAUCAAGAUGCCAAAAGUUGAUAUUUCAAUUCCGAAAGGUAAAAGUAAAGAUGUUGAAGCACCGAAUAUAGAGAUGGGAGUCACUGGAGGAAAAUUCAAAGGUCCAAAUGUUAAACUUCCAAAUGUGGGUAUAUCAGUACCGAAGGAUAAAUCGGGUGAAGUGGAGAUCAAUUUACCAACCUUUGAGACAGGAGGGAAAAUUAAAGGGCCAGAGGGUCAUGGUGAAGCUGAUUUACAUGUUGAGGGAGAGCACAAAGGUCUGAAACUCAAGGUGCCAACAAUAGAUAUCAAGGGUCCAAAAGGAGACCUGGAGCUUGAUAUAGGACUUCAUAGAGGAGAUGGCAAGAAGGACAGGAAAAAAGUUGAACUACCUGACUUGGAUCUCAACACAGCAGGAACUAGCAGUAAAGUAAAGGGGCCUAAAGUCAAAGGAACAAAAUUCAAUAUUGGAAUGCCAAAAAAGAAAGCUGGCAAAAAUGUAACAGCAGAAGCAAAAAUAUGCAAAAACUGUGGCAAUGUGGAGUUAGGUGGUAAAGUCAAACACAAAUGCGAGGUUAAAGAAAGACUUGAGUAUGAAGUUGAAGUUGAAACCCACAAUGGAGAUAAAGAGGAAAAAGGUCGAAUUAACAUCGUAGUGCCAGAGGUUACAUUACCAAGUGUACAAGGCUCAGCCAGCUUAGGAGCUGGAGGUGUGGGUGGCCUCUCAUCAUCUGGAGCAGAAAUCAAAGUCCCCAGGAUUCCAGACAUAGACUUUGACAUUGGUACAUCACAGGAUGAAGAUGAUAACAAAACAGAAAAAGGCAAGAAAAUCAAAAUCCCUAAGUUUGGUGUCCCAUUACCCUCCAUCUCCUCUCCUGAGGGACGAAUUAAUCUCUAUGGGCCAGAAAUUCAGUAUGAGGGCCCUAAAAUGCCCAAAGUAAAGAAAGCUGUUUUUGUCUUGGUAAAUCCUCCUCAAACAGAUGAGCCCGCUGCAUGCACUGGCACAACAUCUGAGGCUGAAACAGAGGACGUUAGAGUGAAGAUGCCCAAAAUCAAAAUGAAGCCAAGCUUUGGGAAAUCCAAAGAUACGUCAGGUGCUGUGAGCACAGAGUGGGAGGGAGACGACAAGUUAAAGGGAGGAAAGAUGAAAAUGCCCCAAGUGUCAUUUUCUGGCAAAUCAGGGUCAUUUGAUGUUAAAGGUUCAAGUUCAAGUCUCAACGGUGAACAAGAUGCAAGUCCUCACAAAGGCUCCAAGGAUGAUAAAGGGACAUUUGGAGGUAAAUUCAAACUUCCAAAGGUUGAGUUCACCUCUCCAUAUGGCAAGAUGGCUGCAGAGGAGGACACAGGGAUGAGUGUGAAACUGGGAAAGGAUUCAUCACCAGGAGAAGUGGGAAGAGACACUAAAGGGCUUAAAGUGAAAUCAGGAAAGAUGGCCGCAGCAGGUUUUAGUGAGGAGCCUUCGGGGGCUGUGGUGUCAUCUCAUGCCAGAACAGAAAUGCUGGACAGGGACAGCUCAGAGUCCCCCUCUGGUUAUAACAUGGAGUUCAGCUCAACAAAGGUCCAGGCUUGGAGCGAGGUUGAGAGCAAAAGUAGAGACUCAGAAGAAAGAGAGUCUGGUCCCUGGUUCAAGGUCCCCAAGUUCAGCCUGAAGCCACACUCCACAGGCUUCCUCCAGAUAACCCCAGAGGGCUCUCCUCAGGCCCAGCGGAAAGGGGCGGUGGGAGGUGAGGUUGACGUCUCGGGGUCUUUCUGCCUCCACACCUCAGGGCUCGACUUCACCACCCAGGAUAUGUCCCAAGAGCACCAGGUCUCCUCCACCGAGGAGGGAACUGUCACCAUGGUGACCAAGACCACCAGAAUAACCCGGCAAAUUGUCUCCACUGAAACGCGAACAGGUGAAUCUUCGACAACCACGUCAACGACUCACCAGGUGUCGGACUUUAACUACUGAGGAUGCUGUAAUGAUAUCUUAAAUGUCUUUUAAUUUUUUUGUUUUUCUUUGGUGAGGUUGCAGUGUUCUUGUAAGCUAAGCCUGCAACAUGGCAAACCUCGAUCGAGUAAAAGUCUUUAUUUUAUAUUCUGAUAGGUGAGGUAUGAAUGUGAUGAAAAACAAUGACGUUUCAUCAAUCAGCAUUAUCGUCAUUAUUACAGCAAACAGAGUAAUAUAUGCUUCCUUUUUUCAUUUUAAAUGUGACUAUUUUUUGUUAUUUUUGAGUUUUGUUAGUUUAGUCCUAAUUAUUUAUCAUAUUUUGUUUGGUUUUAAGGGUUUCACUCUGAAUGUAAACAUGUCGGAUUGUUUAGUUAUUUAUUGUUGUUUGUGUGUUCAAAAUGGGCUGGAAUGAGUCAUUAACUCACAUCAGCAUCAUGGAUUCGACCAUGAUUUUAAGUUCAAAAUCAUUCAUUUUGAACCACUACAGGCCAGAGUAAUAUUUAUGUAAAUACAACUAUAUAAUUGCUUUUUUGAAGCAGUAUCCCUUCUACACGAAAUGUAAUUAUUUUCAUAUUCACAAAAGUCAGGAGUAGAAAUGAUAUUUUUUGACCUGAUAACCUAUUUUGUUUGUCUUGAUAGAAAAGUGUGAGCUUUUUGAGAUUAUAGGAUAUUCUCAUUUUCUGCCAUAGUUUUAUAUUUUAUGCAUUUAUCUGGUGCUGUUACCCAGAGAUAGUCACAGUGAGUGAGCAGGACACUCUGGACUCUUUUUCUGCUGUGGGGAUCAAACCUGUGACCUUCUGCUUACAGGUUGCUCUCAAACAUUUAGGCCACCCUGCUGCUAAUCUAUUUUAUAUGUAUGUUUUUACUGUACACUGCCAGACACCACUGUAUAUUUUGUGAAUGAGGCUUUAGCUUCAAGAUAUUCCUCCUGGCUGAUGCUGAUUUUUUGAAACGUUUCAAAACAUCAACAGUGAGCUGGGAGGCAAUUUGGGGAUUUAGGGGUGCUGUUGGGCGCUUUAAGAAAAUCAGUGAGAGGAUAUUUUAAGGGUAAAACUGUAAACCUUUUCCUUUGACACUUAAAAAAUAGCCCUCUAAAAAUGAUGUUACUAUAAGGCUGCUACAAUGACUGACUGGCUAAGGAGUGGCGAGCCUUUAUCUUGUACAAAAGCCAUCACAACAAAAUAUGUCCUCUUAAGACAGAAGAGAUCAAGAACAAGAGGACCAAGGCACGUUACUAAUCUGACAUUCUUCUGUUUAUUAUAUAAAUAUUUUUGAAGAUAUUAUAGAAUAACGUCAGAUUAAUAAAAGCAUUUUUAUACAGUGCCUUUACCCCUGUCCUCCAUUUAAAGUAUGAAUUGCUUUGAAAUGGAAGGAGAAAGCCUUGUGCUGUCUAUAAGAUAUUUAUUUUAUUGUCUCAACAUUUAAACAUUUAAGUUUCAUUCCCAAAUGCAGUACCCACCAUUUGAAAGAAAAACAGCUACUGUAACAUUUCUGAUAUUAAUUGAAAACUUACUUUUGAAAGCUACUGAUUUUAUACACUACUCAUAGCCAUUUACUUACAAGAUAGCAGUUUCACAGGAUACAACCACGUGAUUUUUCAGAAUAAUGAGCUAUUUUUCAAGUGAAUGUAAAGCAUUUAAGAAUGAACACUUUACUAAGUAUUGAAAAAGUUGACUUUACUUAGUUUGCUUUACUUGGUUGGUAGAUGGAAUGUAAUUGUGUGAUAAAAUGCAUUAAGACAUCCUGAAAUCCACUCCCACAUUUUAUUUCAUUAACAUCUUUAAACACAAUGCCUGUUUUGCAGGUGAGAAAUAGAUAGAUUUUUUAAAGCUGGAACAAGAGUAGUGACAUGUCAAGGUAACACGCACUGAGUAGAUUCUAUGUGUAUAGAGAUUUUUACCUUUCUGGUUUAAUCAAGUCCUCAAAUUUCUUUUAGAUGAUAAGGUUUCAGUGCCAUGUGUUUUUGUCAAAGCUGCAUUGGAGAGGAUGUUGGUUAAGAUGUUAUAUCAAUAAAAUAAUAUUCCCACAAAAAU